CUCACUUCCCCAACACCUUUCUACAAAGUCCAAGUCCUAAUUCGACGAGUGUCUAUCCUCACGCCAUGUGUAUGUUCUGGCUUGUAGAGUCACCAUGUGGACAUCGAAAACUCAUGGCAGGCGCUAACUGCUACCGCAUUUACGAUCAGCUGCAAAGAAUCAACGACCCAGCUGAAUUCACUCGUCCUGGUGUACCAUUUCAGAUACCACGAGAAUGUCUUCCGAAUCGAAGGAAUGUACAGCUCACCUACACGCACGAGUACUGCUCUUUCGAGUGUAGGAAUAACAGUCUUUAUGGAGAGAGGUGUGGGACGAGUGAUGCGCAGUAUGGGCCAGGAUCGGAGAGGAUUGGGGUUGGGUGGAGGUAUUGAGGUGGGGGUAUGGGAUGUUGUGUAUGAUUAUUGGUGGUUCUGAGUUGGGAAGGCGUUUGGAGGCAUGGAGUUAUUGCAUUGUCUGUCUUGAAAGACCUGAAUUUUUGAGGCUGGAGGAUGAAUGGUCAUCACGACGUUCUUCAUCAAAGUGAUGAUACAAUUCAAGGGGUUUCAUUCUAAGCUUACCACAUCAUGUCUCUACUGAACAUUGGAAAGUUGAGAAUCUUUUUGGAUGUCCCUUUAUUCAUAGGAGAUUUUGGAGGGUAUGAAUACGAGACCUUGCAACAGUGGUUUCACGGGAAUUGUCCAAUGGAG